AUGAAUCGAGAAUUACAGCCACCAUACAAAUUAGACACGGAUUCAACUGAAAGGAUUAUAAAAGAUUUAUUGAUUUAUAAAGACGCUCAAUUGAAGGUCAUCCUUAAAAAAUAUAUUGAUAUCACUGCACCAUAAGAAACAUUGAGCGAAGAAAAAUUACAAUAAUUGGUUACUGAAUUUUAAAAAGAGAUAGCUGUUUAUGAAUUUUAAAUAGCCAAGGCAGCCAGAUAAUUGGAGGCAUAAAAUUUUGAUAGAGAAUAAAAUUAAGAAUUAAACAAAUCGAUAAUCGAAGGAAUUAAAUAAACUGAUUUGGAAAUAGAAAAUCUGAAAAGUGUGUAUCAGAUUGAAGAAUAGAUAAAAAUUAAUAGAUAACAUUAUGAAAAUCUAUCUAAAUAAAUAAGUAGUUAUGAAAAUGUUGACACUGUUAUGAAAAAUAUAGAAGCAGCAACAAUAAAUAUUGAAUAAUUAAAAAUUCAACACAAAUAAGCUGCAGAAUUAAUUAAAAUUAAAGAAAAAUAAUUAUUCAUGAUGUUGCAUUUAAUGCAGGAUUUAAUUGAGGUCAAGUAUGAAUUAUGA